AUGGCGGCGUCGGCGGCAGGAGGCUUGCUGAGCCGCCAGCUCAAGCAGAUGCAGACGGACAAGGACAUUCCGGGGAUCAGCUGUGGGCUGGCGGACGACAACAACGUGUUUGAGUGGGAGGUGAUGCUGAUGAUAUCGGACGACUGCAAGUUCUACGGGGGAGGUUUCUUCCGCGCAAAGCUGACCUUUCCGCCUGAAUACCCGCAUCUGCCGCCGAAGAUGAAGUUUGAGACACCGAUGUUCCAUCCCAAUAUAUAUCCCAACGGCGAGGUAUGUAUAUCGAUUCUGCACCCGCCGGAGGAAGACAAGUACGGGUACGAGUCGGCGGCCGAGCGCUGGUCGCCCGUGCAGACGCCGGAGACGAUACUGCUGAGCGUGAUUAGCAUGCUGUCGAGCCCGAACGACGAGUCACCGGCAAACGUGGAGGCAGCCAGACUCUGGCGGGAAGAUCCCAAGGAGUUCAAGAAGCGUGUCCGGCAGUGUGUGCGCGAGAGUCUGGGGGAGGAUUAA